UCUGCAUAUAACAUUAACCCAAAAUGGUGACUUGUUAUCGUCAGGUGUGUUAAAUGUUAUGGUCAGGUGUGUCAAAAGGGAUUUUGUUGGAAGAAAUAUAAUGUCAUCACCGUUGAUACCAAUGAAUACUGUAACAUGAAUGGUCAUAACAUGAAUGGUUUUGAGGAUUCCAUGGACUGUGGUUCAGACAGUGAACGGACCAAGUGUGAUCAGAAUGGAAAACCACAUUCAAAACUUACAAGGGGUGAGAAGUCUCGAAUUGCAGCAAAAUGUCGUCGGGACAAGGAAAACAUUGCGAUGAAUGACCUGAUAUCAGAACUGCCAAUUGCAGACUCCGUCCUACAAAAGAUGGACAAGGCAGCGGUGAUCAAACUGGCCAUCUGCUACCUGAAAAUCAAGCACUUUGUACAGAAAGAUCUUGCCACCUAUGGAAAUCGUGGGAUGAUAGAACCUGCAAAAAGACCCAGUAUGCCUCAGUUACCAGUAAACAAUGGGGAGUCCAGGCUGAUGCUGGAGGCAUUGAACGGGUUUCUGAUCUUUAUCACCAAGAAGAUGACCAUCAAGUUCAUAUCAAGCACUGUGCACGACCAUCUCGGGUUGAAACAGGAGCGUAUGAUUGGUCGCAGUGUCUUGGAGUACAUCCACACCAGUGACCAGCACGAGAUCAGCAGGCAGUUUGCUGAUGACAAGGGGGACCACUCUCAAAGCAACGGUCGACCUGUUGGUCUGUGUGAAGAACCUCAGCGAGUUUUCUAUGUCCGCAUGAAGUUCACCCUAACAAAGCCAGGAACCAAGACCAAGCACUCAGGUUUUAUGUUGGUUCAGUGGACGGGCAAGAUGAAGCGUCAUGUCUCCACCAAGACCGGUCAGUGCGUGGCUGACGGACUGCUGUGCAUAUGCCGCCCCAUGCAGACUGCGCCCCUUGUGGAGAUACGCAUGGACGGAAACAUGUUCAUGUCCCGCCAUGACAUGGGAAUGACAUUCACAUUCUGUGAUACAAGAAUAAUAACUCUGAUAGGCUAUGAGCCGGACGAGGUACUGGGGAAGACUGCCUACCACUUCCACAAUCCUAUAGACGCUCCAAAGGUCAGCAUAUGCCACCAGAACUUGAUAGCCAAGGGUUCUUCCAUCAGCAAGUACUACCGCUUCAUGGGCAAGAAUGAGAACUGGGUGUGGCUGCAAACCAGGGCCACCAUCAUCUACAACACCGCCAACAAGCCUCAGUACAUCGUCUGCAUGAACUAUGUCAUCAGUGAGGAGGAGGGGGAGAGGUACCUGAUGCUGGAAGAACACCAGCACGCCAAUCAGGAGAGGGAGAACACUGUGCUCAUGUUGCCGGACAACACUCAUCACACUGUCCUACUCCCGGACAGCCCUGUCCUCGCACCUGGACCCCGCAUCAUUGAGCUAGAGGAGGACCAUCUGGUGGCCACUGCACGCUUCCCUCCGGCCCUCACCCCAACACAACCUUCAGUCAGCCAGACCCAACCCAGACUGGAUCCAGCUCAACCAACAUUGAGUACACAGCACCUAAAGCAGAUCCCGCUCCUGGAGGAGUCUCCCUGUUUCCCUGUGCCAUGCCCUGUGGAUGAGGCCAUGGUGGGCUCAGAGGACAUGGACUACCAGCCAAUGGGAGCAAGCCCUUGCAUGGAGUUGCCCAGUGUGGUGUGUAUCUCCCCUGACUUGGAUCCCAUGUUGUGUAGCACAGUAUUCGGCCCCACCCUCCCAGUGACUCCCCAGGGCCUAGAGGAGGAUGACAGUCUAGAUCUAACUGCCCAGGCUGACAGUCCAGCAGACACCUCCACUUCAACCCUCUCCAACAGUGCAUCGCCCAGCUCAGGUCUGAGCUCUGAGGACCCAAGCGCAAUGAACUACCCGAGUCACUACAUGGGCAGGGGAGGGUACCAGGGUAUGGCUCUAACCCCCACCUCGAGCUACACCCUGGAGAGCGACCAGGGCUAUGACAGCUCCAGCCCCUACCAGAACAACUACAGCCCUGCAGGCAUGGUGUCCCCUAGCUGCAGUGACCCCCCGGGUUACUCCAACAUGGACUAUGACAACAGUGUCCCAAACAUGGUCAGUCAGGUGUGUCCCACUGGUGCUGGGUACGCCUCUGGUGGGGGCAGCCAGAAUUCUGUGGCCUGCACUAAUCAUAGUCAACAUGAGGAGGCAGAUAAUUAUCUGGAUGUCAUAUUGAAUAGCCUCAGCGGUAGAGACACUGAAAGAAUGGACUUUGACACAGUUUGCAGCACUUUAACCAGUCUUGUUACUCAGUCAAAGACCCAGACACAGUCACAUCCCUCUGUGUCACAUAAUCUGGUGUCACAUCCUCCUGUGUCAAACAUCAGUCCUGCAGUUGCAAACUACCCGGUGAGUGCAUCACAGCCAUUUCCUGCUACAAAAUCAACACACAAGCCAGCAAUCACAAGCUCAGCUUCUUUCCUCAGAAAAGUCCUUACGAUGCCUGAGAAAGACUUACCAACAAACUUAUCUAAUUCUAUGUCUUUGAAAAUUGACAGCAGUUCCAAAAUAUGUCCAAAGCAAAACAUUCAGUGUGCAAAUACCUGUCAGUUAAACAGUAAAAAAGUAUGUGAAGCUCACAGUGUGUUAAUGCUUGGAGAUGAGAAUGGGCGACUGCAAGCCAGUAUUGGGCACGAUCAACCCCGCUCAGCUUGUUCACUGCAGACCAACAGUGAAAGCGAUGUGCUUGAGUAUUCUGGGGUGUUCUCCGGUGUCCCAGACGAUAUUUCUGACUUUGCCAUGCAGUACCUGGACGAUGUAAUGGACAUGCAGGCCCAGGCAGUGAUAGGACAGCUCCAGAAGAACGAUGGCUCUUACAUGGAAACCUCAAGCGAUCAAACCUUGGCCAGAGACCUGCUGCACUCCUUGGAGACUGAAUGUGGUGACUCCCAGGGGGCUAGAAUGGGCUUCAAAAGUGAUGUGUCGGGUUGUCACCCAGGUCACUUGUGUAGGGCAGGGCAGGGGUUGUCUGGUAUGCCAAACAAAAUGCUGAGUCACCCAAUGGGUUUAAGCCCCUUUGCAAGGGUUCAAGAGGUUCGGGGACAAUGCAUGAAAGCUGGUGACUACCCAGCGCCUAGGUACCAUGGGCAGAGCAGCCCCCCUGGGGGCAAGUCGGGGGAGGAUCAUGUGUACCAUCAGUGCAGCCCAUGUACAUCCCAACAGUCCCUUAGAUCUCCCUAUCCAGGCAGUGACGUGAACUGUAACUCUACAUUCACUAAUACAGCAUCCCAAACACAAUCGUCCGAGUACUGUUUGUCUGAACUUGAGAAACAUAUACGGAACAAGCGAGCAGAAGCAUGUAGAAUACAAACUGACACCUCUCGUGGUGGGAGCAUGUCUUAUCUUCAACAGUUGUUAACUGGGGAGCUGACCAAAGACUCGUACAUACAAAUGGAGAAUGACAGAUUGAAACAGAACCCUUACCUAGCAAAUUAAUGUGUGGUUAUCAUGAAAAAUUUGCUUACUAGGUUUGUUCCAACUGGACAAUUUCAACAUUUCCAAAGACUUCACAUUUGUUUCAUGAUGAAAUUUUAAUUUAUAGCUUUUAUAUAUUCUACUCUAAGGGGUCGGAGUAGGGUGAAAUUUUAGGGAGAAGCCAUUUCUGUCUUGACCGCCAUUCAAGUGUGUAUGAAAGUGCUUAAUAUAUGUACAUAUAUUUCCCACCAACUCCACACACAAAUAAUUAAAAACAAAUCGGGCAGGGGUAGGGGGGGUUGGUAUUAUACAUUUUGUAUAAUUUUUUGUUCUAAACUUAACAUUAUAAUUAACUUUAAAUUGUAUUUCCAGUUGAAACAACAAUCUUUGACAAUCACAACAGUGCUAUCUAAAAACUGCAAGCUUUUUUAAGACCUUUCAAUGCUGUUGGCCAGACAUCAGAGUUCUUUGAUGUGAAUGCCCAGUUGGGGCCAGUUUAUAGGAAGUAAAGCUGUAAACUUGUAAAACAAUCAGCAAGUGGCAAUUUCAAAAGGCAUUAAUCAUUACUACAUUACUGGAAGCAUGCACGUUCUGUCAGAUAGAGCAUUAAUGAAUUAGCUUCAAAGAGGAUGGGAAGUGAGAAAACAUCAGACAUUUUGCUGACUUAGAUUUAUCAGAUAUUAAAUGGAUGUGAAGAAAUAAAUUAUGUUUGCUAGAAUUUUAAUGGGAGGUUGCUUUAAAGGUACUUUUUGUUAAUGGAUUUACUUAACAAAUAGGGCGAAACAAAUUUCUCCUACCUUUUAAAAAAAAGAUAUUCGUGUACUUUCGGCAAAAUUUUUACACAAUGUGCCCUCUUUGCCGACCCCUGACUCUGUUACAUUUUCACAGUUAAGGCUUAUUGUUUUGUUAACUGUUUUAUAUUGAUCAUGUUGCUGCUACAAGAAUGUUAUGAUAUUCUUCAGUUUGUGGCAUGUUAGCUCCACCAAGGGUGAUAGCUUCAUCUUGCCACAGCUAUAGCAGGCCACUGAUCAAAAUUUCAGAGAAUUUUAGAACGGUGUUACUUCCCCAUGAUGUUCCUAAUCCUUGAUCAGAUAUUAGCUUUGUAUGCAAUACUUAAAUUCACAGAAAUUUUAACCAUAAGAAUAUUGCUGUUUUGCUUGAUUUUUGCCUUAUUUGGAUAUCAUUUGCUUUUGUUAGAGCUCUUAAACCCUAAAAAAACAGUUUGAUACAUAUAAUGUAGGAAAGUAAUCUACCAUUUUAUUGGCCAACAUUUUGCCUAUUUGUUGAACUUUCCCUAAAUAAAACAUGCAAUACUUUGUUUUGCUUUUUUUGCUUAAAAUAUUUUGUUUAAUUGUAAAUUGUUUUUGACAUUAACAAAUUCAGAAGUCAAUGAUUGUAAUAGGGUUACUUUUAAGCAUGUAUUUCUGAACAUGUUACACCGUAACUCCGCUAUAUAGCAAUGGUGGGGUCCAAAGAUUGCAACCCAUAUCAGACACAUGAUAUUACUCAAAAAAUUUCUAACUUAAUCAUAUGGCUGUUAAUUUGUCAAAUUUCUCAAAUGUUUAAAUUUUAUAUAAUUACAACAUCUGUCACUCUUAUAUGAAUGCUGCAUUCUGAUUGGAUACUUUGUUCACGUGACAGGUUUUUCAUAUGCCGAUUAACCCACUUUGUAUGCAAAUUUAAACAUGAUUAUUCAUGGCGCUACUUUCUGGUCAUAAACAAGUUCCCAAAAUGAGGUUAUGUUUUACGCAAAACUUAAGGGCGUUGUUUUUUAUUGGUCAAUAGCGAAAUGACGUUAUAUUUUUUGCACAAAACUUUAACGAUAUACCCGUUUGACGAAGAUGAAAUCAAAACUGAAAAUAGAUUCAUAUUAGAUUAAAAAGGACUUUUAUGACCCUUACCAUUUAAGAUCAUUUUGUGUUGUAAUUAUAAGAAUUGAAUAGCUUUUUUCUGCAUUUCAUAUCUGUAUUAACUGUUGGGGGAAAAUACACCUAAUUUAUGCAUAAACGCCGUCGGCGUUUAUGCAAAUUAGUCGUAAUUUUCCCGACAGUUCAUACACCGAUGAAAUGCAGAAAAAUGCUAUUUAAUUCUUAAAUACGGCGCUGCCACAUAUUUGUAUGGUAAUAAUUGCAAACCAAUACUUAGAUGAACAUUUUUAUAACUACAUAUGAGUAAGUUUUGUUUAUUAUAAAAACAAAAAAGUAAUUUUGUUACUUUCAGGUCAAUUGCUCCAAAUCAGCUUAAAAGAAGAAUUAUUACAAUCUUUUUCGUGUACAGAGACAGAAUGACCAGUAGUGAAAUUCAACUAUUUAUAUACCAGUAAACAGCAAUUAAUACUUAGGAUGUGAUGCUAAUUGGUUAUUUCUUAAGUGUUAACAACACCAGACAUGUGCAAACAACAUUGUUAUCAUGCUUCACUGCCUGCCAUAGUAAGCUGCAAAAUAUAGGGUAUUAAUACUAGCUAGAACUGUUUUUAGCUCAUCUAUUUUUUGAAAAAAAAAAAGAGCUAUUGUCUUCACCUUGGCGCCGGCAUCAGCGUCCGGUUAAGUUUUGCGUUUAGGUCCACUUUUCUCAUAAAGGAUCAAUGCUAUUGCAUUCAAACUUGGUACACCUUCUUACUAUCGUGAGGGGACUGGGCAGGCAAAAUUUGAUAACUCUUUCGUGCAUUUUGACAGAAUAUGUGCCCUUUUUUUGUGUUGAGGUCCAUUUUAUUCCUUAAGUAUCAAAGCUAUUGCUUUCAUACUUGCAACACUUACUAACUAUCAUAAGGGGACUGUGCAGGCAAAGUAAUGUAACUCUGACUGGCAUUUGGACGGAAAAUGGGCCCUUUAUACUAAGAAAAUUGAAAAUUUGUUUUAGUUUUGUGUUUGGUCCACUUUACCCCUAAAGUAUCAUAGAUAUUGCUUUCAUACUUGGAACACUUGCAAACUAUCAUAAGGGGACAGUAAAGGACAAGUUGCAUAACUCUGGUUGUCAUUUUACGGAAUUAUGGCCCUUUUUUGACUUAGUAACUUUGAAUAUGUGGUUAAAUUUUGUGUUUAGAUCCACUUUACUUCUAAAGAAUCGAGGCUAUCGCUUUCAAACUUCAAAUACUUUCAUGCUAUCAUAUGGGUACUGUAUCUGGCAAGUUGAAUUUUACCUUGACCUUUAAAUGACAUUGACUCUCAAGGUCAAACUAUUAAAUUUUGCUAAAAUUGCCAUAACUUCUUUAUUAAUGAUUAGAUUUGAUUGAUACUUUGACAAAACAACUCUUACCUGACAUACCACAAUAGACUCCACCCAAACCAUCCCCCAAGUCCCCCCCCCCCCCCCAAAUCCCCCUUCCCCAAAAAAGUGUUUUUUACUUAAAGAUCAUCUAAUAAAUUACCACCACACCCUAACACUAUACCCCCCACACCCCCCCC